GGAAAGUCUGCUGAGUUUAAUUCAAUAGAGCUGGGAUCUAAGCAGCCCCUGCCUUUUUUUCUUUGCUUCUUUGCAAAGCAGCCAGUGACUUCCUUCCAGCUGCAAACUUUUCCUCGCAAAGAGCUCUAAGUCACAAAUCCUUUAUGUCUGCCUGCUGAGCAGCUGCUUCAUCUGAUACAGAGGACCUGGCCCAGUGACCCCAUCUUCAGCAACUCGUAUUUCAGCUCAGAAGCUCCAGCGGCUGCCAUGGAUGACUUUGAACGUCGCAGAGAGCUCAGGAGACAGAAACGGGAGGAAAUGCGCCAGGAAGCCGAAAGAGCAACCUAUCAGAGAAAUGACGACGAUGAAGAAGAAGCUGCAAGAGAAAGGCGUCGGCGAGCUCGCCAGGAACGGCAACGGCUGAACAAGGAUGACGGUGAAGGGCAUGAUGGUACUCAGAAUAGCAUCACAGGAGAAGAGACCAAGUCUUACUCAAUAACAAGCACCGACAUCUCAGGGGACGAUGAAGCUGCGUUGCAGGAGAGACUGGCCAGACGGGAAGAGAGACGACAGAAACGUCUAAAAGAGGCUUUGGAACGUCAGAAAGAAUUAGACCCAACCAUAUCUAUUACACUCAACGAAACUACUUCAUUCAUGAAAAGUAGCAGAAACGGAGAAGACCAGGUCCAAGAAAAUGAUACCUCGCCUAAAGAAAACAAUACUGAAACAUACAGAGGCCGACAUGAGGCUGAGGAGACUGAGACUAUUGAAAAGUCCUUCGAGAAGAAUGAUACAAAAGAAGAAGAAGAAGUAGAAGAAGAACAUGUAGAAACAGAAGAGGUUGAGGUCAAGCAAGAUGUACCAGAUGAAGCACCUGAGGAACCUCACAUAGUGGAGAAUGAGGUAGAGGUUACUUUCCAAAUUAAGAAUGUAGAGAUGUCUCAGGAUGGGCCAGAUGGGGAAGUGAGGAUAGAGGCAGUCAUCACAAGAGAAGAGGAAGAGGUUAGAAAGUCAACCGAGGAAAGUGAAGCACAAGAGGCAGCAGAGAGGGAAAGGGUUGAGGCAGAGAAAAGAGCUGCAGAAGAGAGAGAGAGGCUGGAGGAAGAAGCAAGACGGGAGGCAGCAGAGAGGGAAAGAAUCGAAGCAGAAAGGAAGGAAGCUGAGGAAAGAGAGAGAUUAGAAGAGGAAGCAAGACGGAAAGCAGAAAGAGAAAGGGCUGAGGCAGAAGAAAGGGAGAGACUUGAGGCAGAAGAGAGAGAGCGACAGAGAAAACAAGAGGAAGAGGAAAGUAGGGCAGCAGAGGAGAAACUAAAGGCAGAACAGAGAAAGGCAGAGGAGGAAAAGAAAAGACAAGAGGCAGAGGAAAAAAGGAAAGCAGAGGAAAAGAAGAAGGCAGAGGAGAAGGCAGCUGCAGAGGAAAGGGAAAAGAAGAAGGCAGCAGAAGAGAAGGCUAGGUUAGAGGCCAAAAAGAAAGAGGAGAAGUUAAAAGCAGAAGAGAAAAAAGAUGUGAAAGCUGACGACAAGCAGGUAAAAGGAAAGAAGCUGGACGACAAAAUGCAGCCAGCCUUCCUCAGGAAGCAGGGAGAAGACAAAGAAAAUAAAUUUGAAGCUAAAAAAGACGAUAAGGGUCGACCUGGCUUCAAAAAAGAAGAGAUUAAAGAUAUAAAAACCAAGGGAGGAAAGGAAGAGUUAAAGGCCAGCUGGGAUCGCAAGUCCAAAGCUCAAAAUGGAGAAAGUUUACAUGAAGUUACACCACAGAAGCUUAAACAUAUGGACAAGUUUGGUGGUGCGAAAGGACAACCAAGUUCUGAGGAGACAGGGCCAGGGACCAAGGUGGAAGCGGGGAAGAAGCUAGAGGAACUGAAGCGUCGCAGAGGCGAGUCAGAAACAGGAGAUUUUGAGAAGCUUAAACAGAAACAACAAGAAGCGACCGUGGAGCUCGAGGAGCUGAAGAAAAAACGCGAGGAAAGAAGGAAAAUUAUGGAAGAGGAGGAACAAAGAAGGAAACAAGAAGAGGCCGAGAGGAAAGCUAAGGAAGAGGAAGAAAAGAAGAAACUGAAAGAAGAAAUAGAGAGGAGACGAGCAGAGGCUGCAGAAAAACGCCAGAAACUUCCAGCAGAGGAUGGGUUAUCAGAGGAGAAGAAGCCAUUCAAGUGUUUUACACCAAAAGCUUUAAAUCUUAAGAUUGAAGAACGGACGGAAUUUUUGAAUAGGUCGGCCCAGAAAAGUGUUAAAGCUUCACAACCAGCCGUGGUGUCCAAGAUCGACAGCCGACUCGAGCAAUACACCAGUGCGAUUGGGAGUAACAGACCUGCUAAAGCUGCCCCAGCCGACCUCCCCCUGGUGACCGAGGGUGUGAGGAACAUCAAGAGCAAGUGGGAGAAAGGAAAUGUUUUUUCAUCACCCGGUUCAGUAGUGUCACCGAAUAAGGAAACGGCAGGUUUAAAAGUGGGCGUCUCCAGUCGUAUCAAUGAAUGGCUUACCAAAACUCCAGAGACCAACAAAUCCCCUUCUUCAAAGCCUGUAGAUUUAAGACCUGGAGAUGUAUCCGGCAAACGUAAUAUCUGGGAAAAGCAGCAAACAGAGAAACCUGGGUCACCAACCAAGAUGACAACUGGAGGGAAAAAGUCUGACACUAAUGCAGGAUUAAGAUUCGAAAAGGAGCCAUAAAACACUUUCCGGACCAACUCAGAUAUAAAGUGCUAAAAUUGUCAUUUUUAUAUUUAUGUUUACUUUACCAAAAAAAAAAAAAAAUGUGUUUCUCAAUACGCUGAACCAAACCCUGUAUAUUAGCACUGUAUUUAAUACCCACCUCUCCGGAGCCUCCAGAAGUACAGCACGGCCUUUGCACAAGAUCUUCAGGAAUCCCAGCUGUGAAACAAACUGAUUUCUACUGAUACAAUUAUAUUUACAAAAAAAAAAAAGUUUUUUUUUUUUUUUUUUUAGUGACCACAAAGGGGCAGUUUUCCAUGAGAUUAUGCACCAGCAAAAUCGCGCUGCACUUUAGAGCAUAACACGGUUUACUAUAUUUUUCUUUAUAUAAAGACCAGUGUCCAAUAAAGUACUGAUUUUUUUUUUUAUUAUAUUUUUUCUAUUGCAAACUACUUUGAAUAAAUAAAAUGAAAAAAACAACCUUUUUAUUCUGUUACAGGUAUUGCCAAAAACUUUUGGCUUGUAUUAGCCAGCAGUGGUACUUUUAUGGUUGACCUUAUAGUGUUAUUAUAAUAGUUCAACUUUUUUUUCUUUUUUUUAAUUAAAUACACGUUAUAUACACAGGUAGCUUUUAAUCUGACAACACUAUUAAAUGCAGAACGCUUUUAUAUGUGCUAGAAUAUAUCUAGAAUUUUUUUUUUACAUACUAGCCAAUAUCACAGCUUUUUGUUCACUUUUUUUUUUUUUUUUUUUAGUUUUUAAUUUUUUUUCCAAUUUCAUUAAGAAAAAUUCCAACGACAACUUGGAAAAACACUUAAAACAUUAAAUAUAUAUAUUAAAAAAAAUAAUAAAUCAUAGGUACAGUAUAAUGAGUACAAAUUAGUUCAGAUUUGAGGGGGGGGGAACAAAAGGUAAAUAAGUAAUUUAUAAAAACAGAAUUUAACAAAUAAAUACAUAAAAAAAUUAUAAAUUAGAAAAUUGGCACAAACUGAGAAUCCUGCCACUGGGAUCACAACAACAUUUAAACAUAUAUAUUAUAUAUAUAUAUAUUAUUAUUAUUAUUGUUUUUUUUUUCCAUUCGCUUAUUAAUCCGUUCCAAAGUUUUUGACAGGCGGGUUUCAUUUUAUAUGUAUAUAGUUACUAAUUGUGUCAUCAGUACAGGGAAUAUUAUCUUGACAUUUUUAGACAGUGUGGGUUAAACAUGCCAAGAGUAAUUAAAUGCAAUAUUCUUUAGUCUACACUCGAGCGGCCAUGUUUUAACGUCCACAUUACAGUCGUAACACACAAAGAUGGACCCUCCCCCUCCUCCCCCUAAGGUUCUGCUGAGCCAAACAAAAUUUGUCUUAAAGGGGUACUCUUGCGGAAAACAAUUUUUUUUUUUUUUAAAUC